AUGACGAUGGAAGAGAAACUCGUGAUCAACGGAAUGAAACAAGGGAUAGAGCUUACCAAACGAUUGAUGAGCAAUAUCAAACACACUUCUUCAACUGAAUCCAGCAAAGCAUUGAUCUCUGAAAUCAUCCGUAUCCACCAAAAUGUCAUUUUCAUUUUGAGCUUAAACAAAGACGACGAAAGUAUCUUUAAACAAAGCCAUGAGACAGAUUCUAAAAACGUGUUUAAAAAGCAGAAAUUAUUGGACAAGAAGGACGAGAGAGUUUACGUUUUUGUCGGAACAGGACAAGGAAAGGAUUCAGUUGAUGAUGGACACAGCUGGAGAAAGUACGGGCAAAAAGAUUUUCAUGGAUCCAUAAAUCCUAGAGGAUACUUCAGAUGCACACAUCGAUUCACGCAGAAGUGUUUAGCACUGAAGCAAAUCCAAAAAUCGGAUACAGAUCCUUCGAUUUUCGAAGUGACGUAUGUCGAGAACCACACUUGUAACAACUAUACAUCCCCGGCCACGAAGUUCUCUGUGCCGAUGUUUGAAGAAGGAAAAAGAAUGGAUGAUGUUACAGAGCAAGUGAUGGUGAGUCUAGAAGAUCUGGAGAACAAGAAGAGGAAAAACGUUGUCAUGACGCUUUCUUUCUCAAACCAUGAGAAUGUUGGUGGUGGCUGGCAAAGCAAUGUUUUCAUGUAA